ACUGAACUUUUCCCUUCUUUCUCUUUUAUCUAUUCAAACGCCCCUCCGUGUAACGGACAAUUCCCAGAAGUCAGAUUCAACCCUCCCUUCACCAUGGCGUACGAUUGUUACUGCGCGAUCUGUGGUGUCAGCUUCAGCGGCAUGCACAUUGAGUCACCGUCGGAGACCGCGAUCGAACGACGAAGACGGUGGAUUGAAAAGAGAUGCCGGGCGCUCGAGGCAGGCCAAGACAUCACCCAGAUUCCCACCGAAGAAAGCGAUGCCCCCGUGCGCAGUUACGAUCCUCGUUUGGUCGACACCGAUAACAUCUCCUGGCUCUACAAGGCUUACUGCCUGGGGUCGAAUCCUCCUCCCUCCGGUACUUCGAAAACGAACAAAGCGUUUAUUUCUGGUCCGGGAUAUUAUGCGGAUAUUGGAGAACUAGUGGUGAAACCCGGCAAUGAUCAAUAUCAGCCCUCGGCCCGGAAAACCUUUAUGUGUUACGACGAGGGAACCGAAGACGCAGCCGGCCCAGUCCUCCCCUUCCAUUGGAGCUGUUUCGAAAUCUUGACCCGAGUACUCACGGGUUCCACCGAAAUCAACAAUGUCAACCUCAACGCUCUUUACAGUGUCAUGUCUGCUUUAACCAACCAUUCCUCCUUGCAUUUGAGCUAUGGAGACGACAUUUUACGGUCGCAGGGCCGUUAUUGGGAAUGCAUUCCUGGGGCAGAGUACUGUGCCAAGAACCCAACAGAUACCCCCAUGGUCGAUGAGCUUUUCCAAAACCUGAGCACGGAUAGUAAAUUCAAGCGUCCUUCGCUGGAGAUUGAACUCCGAGAACGACGCCCUACAGAUCCAUUCGGCCAACUACCCCUGGAGAUCGCACAGCAGAUUUGCAUGUUUUUGCCCGGGGAUUCGCUGAAAGCUCUUGCUCAAGCUUCUCUCAGCGUCCAAAUGAUCACUCAGGAUAACUCGUUCUGGAAACGUUUUAUGCAGUGGGACAUGCCGUGGCUCUGGGAAUUCCAGACGCUCCAGACUCAGAAGGACGUCAACUAUAAGUCGCUUUACCUGUGGCUGAACAAAAUGACCACUCCGCGGUACGGCAUGGACGACUUGAACUUGAUGGGUGUUGCCAACCGCAGACGCGUCUGGGGCGUUUGCGAACAGCUUGCAAGCCGCUACAACAACAGCACUGGCCAAACUCCAGCCGCAGCGAUGAAAUGGGGUCGCGACUAAGCAUUUGCGGAUAUCUACAGGAUGUUAUUGCCAUGUUUUGACUGCGAGGGAUUUUUGCGGGAAAUGAAUUCAACCAUAUGAUACCACCACAGCUU